AUGUUCUGUUUACGGAGCUGGCUCCCGCUCCUCUUUAUCCCGACCAAUGCCUCACCGACCUUCAUCUUCCUCUUCUUCGUCUGCACAUACUUUUUGAACCGGCCAUGCGUUUACUGCUCCUUUUUGCUCCUCAUCCUCUUCCUGACCAGCUGUAACUGGUCCGACCGGUGCUUCUUCGAUUUUGGCAGCAAUUGGUUUGAGCCACGGACAACCAUCGGUGCCGUGGGUGCCAGUGGAGGUUGCACCAACUGCCAGAACCACACUGGACAUGUGGCAGCAGCGGCCACGUCCGCCACCAACGGCACGAUGUCAGUUAUGGACGACCUUCACGAGACAGUUUCCAUGGCGGUGGAGCUGGCGAAUUCGACGGUGUCGACAGUAGCUGGAUCGGCGGUCGAGCAGUUGGUGCAGACCAAGGCGGAGUGGACGGGCAUCGGUAUGGAGUGGCUGAGGAGUCUGCUAGGCCGGCGAGAGUGGCAUAUCGACUGCCUUGACGUGUGUAUCCGAUUAUAG